AUGAAGAGGGUUAGAGAUGAGGUUUACGUUGAACCUCAUAUAAGAGGAGGACAUACUGUUUCAUCUCGAGGAGAAACAAAUAGUAAGCCUUUAACGAUGGGAGGGCUAACAACAGGUGAUGCCUUGAGCUAUCUUAAAGCUGUGAAAGAUAUGUUUCAAGACAAGAAAGACAAGUAUGACACUUUUCUUGAAGUCAUGAAGGACUUUAAAGCUCAGAGAGUUGAUACUAAUGGAGUUAUAGCAAGAGUAAGAGAGUUGUUCAAGGGCUGUGACGACUUGCUUUUGGGGUUUAAUACCUUCUUGCCCAAAGGGUACAAGAUUACCCUUCCUGAGAAGAAGACAGUUGAUUUCGGAGAAGCUAUUGAAUUUGUUAACAAGAUCAAGGCACGAUUUGGGAGUGAUGACCGUGCAUAUAAAAAGUUUCUAGACAUCUUGAACAUGUAUAGAAAGCAAAGCAAGUCCAUCUCUGAUGUCUAUCAAGAGGUUACUCUGUUGUUUCAGGACCAUGACGAUCUGCUUGCGGAGUUUGCCCAUUUCUUACCUGAUACUUCAGGAUCAGCUUCUGCUCAUUCCCUUCUGUCCGGAAGGAACUCAGUACCUGCCAUGCAUCCAAGGAAUUUUGAGAAGAGAAUAAAAAUACGGAAUGAGUAUACAGAACACUCCGAUCAACGAGAAGAUGGUGACGAGAACCUUGUGGCUUGCUCUGCUGGUAAUUCUCUAGGAAGGUAUCUGAAGGUUGAGGACAAAGAAGGUAUUCAAGAUUAUGAAAAUGGCAGUAAAGACAAUGGCAGUCACAAAAUUCUACUAUCUACCAGCAACCAUGUGGCCAGGGGUAUUAAUGAACUGGAUCUUUCUGAGUGUGCACAAUGUACUCCCAGUUAUCGUCUCCUUCCAGAUGAUUAUCUUAUUCAGAUCCCAAGCUACAGAAAUUCACUAGGUGAGAAGGUACUUAACGAUCACUGGGUAUCUGUCACAUCGGGGAGUGAGGAUUACUCAUUCAAACACAUGCGUAAAAACCAGUAUGAAGAAAGCUUGUUUCGAUGCGAGGAUGAUAGGUUUGAGUUGGACAUGUUAUUGGAGUCUGUGAAUGCAGCCAUUAACCGUGUGGAAGCUCUUCUGGAGAAGAUCAACAACAACACAAUCUCUAUAGAGACACCAAUAUGUAUCAAAGAACACUUAUCAGAGCUGAACCUGAGAUGCAUUGAGCGGUUGUACGGAGACUAUGGGCUUGACGUCAUGGAUUUUCUGAAGAAGAAUUCUCAUAUCGCCUUACCGGUGAUACUAACUCGCCUGAAGCAGAAACAAGAAGAAUGGGCUAGGUGUCGCUCUGAUUUCAGGAAAGUAUGGGCUGAAGUAUAUGCUAAGAAUCAUCACAAAUCACUAGAUCAUCGAAGCUUCUAUUUCAAGCAGCAGGACUCCAAGAAUCUGAGCACAAAAGGUUUAGUGGCAGAAAUAAAAGAUAUCAGCGACAGAAAGCAGAAACAAGAUCCACUUCAUGCCAUUGCUGUCGGAACUAAACCAUCUUUCACUCCAGAUGUGGAGUUCAAUUACACUGAUACACAAGUUCAUGCGGACCUAUAUCAACUAAUCAAGUACUACUGUGAAGAGAUAUGUGCUACGGAACAGUCGGAUAAAGUAAUGAAGCUGUGGGUAACCUUUUUGGAGCCAAUGUUUGGUGUUCCUUCUAGGUCUCAAACUGAUGAGACUAUGAUAGAUGUUGCAAAGUCCAAUGACAAACAAGAGCAGCAUGAGGGCGUGAAAGACAACACCUGUUACGGAUCUCCUGUCUCAAACCCUAAACCGCUAACACCUCCAAAGACACCCAAUAAAGAAAGUCCAACAAUAGGAAGCUCCUUUGCGCAAGAUAAACUGCAUGCUGGUGCAGCAAUAACUACUGAGGAUAGCCAGCCUUCCAAGUUGGUGUCACCACUUAGAAAGGAUUUGUUAAUGGAGGGCGUAGAGAAUCGUAGUAAGGUUGGUGAUGUAUCAGUGAGAGAGCAUAAGGUUGAGCGAGAAGAGGGUGAAUUAUCUCCCACCGAAAGUUUUGAGCAUGAAAACUCUGAGGUUUAUAGAGACAAUGGCGUCCAGUCUGUGCAGAAACUGCCAGACAAUGUAAGAAGUAAUACUUCCCCUGAAGAUGAUGGAGGUAAAACUAAUCAAAAGUUACUAGAAGCCAACGAAAACGCCUCUAAAAUUAUUGCUUCAGGAAGCAAGUUUGGUGGCCAAGUUUCUUUAGAUGAAGAGCAUAAAGGAGCUAUGAACUGUGGCCGGCUUGAUAGUGUGGUUGAGAGCGAAAACGGGGCUGUAGGGAUGGUUAAAUCGAAUGAGGGUGAAGAUGGAUCCCUUUUUACAUUUUCAGAACGGUCACUGCAACCUGUAAAGCCCCUUGCAAAGCAUGUUCCUGUGGCACUACAAGUCAGUGAAAGUAACUCCCCGAAUGAUUCUCGAGUUUUCUAUGGGAAUGACUCAUUUUAUGUCCUUUUUAGGCUUCAUCAAAUGUUGUACGAGAGAAUACUAUCUGCAAAGAUACAUUCAGAAAGGAAAUGGAAAGCUCCAGAUCCAGAUAAAACAUCUCCUGAUUCUUAUGCCAGGUUCAUGGAUGCCCUCUAUAAUUUACUUGACGGCUCGAGUGAUAAUACAAAGUUUGAAGAUGAAUGCCGAGCUAUUAUUGGAGCACAAUCAUAUAUUCUCUUCACAUUGGACAAGCUAGUUCAGAAGUUUGUCAAGCAUCUUCAUGCAGUUUCAGCUGAUGAGACAGACACCAAGCUACUGCAACUAUACACAUACGAGAACUACAGAAAACAGGGAAGAUUCUUUGAUAUAGUGUACCAUGAGAAUGCCAGAGCCCUUCUCCAUGAACAAAACAUAUACCGGAUUGAAUAUUCAUCUGCACAAGGCCGUCUCGGGAUUCAACUUAUGAAGAGCGGGAAUGAUCAUCCUGAAGUUACAGCUGUAACAGUGGAACCAGGUUUUGCAAAUUAUCUGCAGAAUGACUUUCUUUCGCUUGUACCUGAUGAAGACAAGCCUGGUCUAUUUCUGAAAAGGAACAAGGUGAAAAUGAGCGGUCCAGAUGAAUCUUCAGGGAUGUCGCAUGCAAUGGAAGGAUUAAAAAUUAUCAACGAGGUUGAAUGUAAGAUGGCUUGCAGUUCUUCCAAGGUCAAGUAUGAACCAAACACAGCAGAUCUUCUGUAUAGAAGCAAGCAGAAGAAACCAAAACUGAAUCAAAAUGGGCUUGACAAUGAUAAAACUCCUGGUAGCAGUGAAAUCUCUAGAAAGACCAGAAUAUCACGUUUUCACACAAGUCUUAACCGUAGACUUGUUGCCUUGCCUUAAUAACACGGCUUCUAGCACGUAUGAAAGUUCUUGCCAGAGAUAUGCAAGCAUCAAUUAGUGGGACUAGAGACCAAACUGUCAUUUGACAAGCUUCUUGCAUCAUUUUGACACACAGAGAGUCACAUGAGAACCGUUUAUUCUCCUAAAUUGCGUCUGGAGCCGCCAGUUUUGGUGUAUAGUGUUAGAUUAAAUAUAAUACCAGACGAUGCUAAUGUCGGAUUUUUUUUUUUUUAAUUCGUUCCAUUCAAACAAAUGUUGGAUGUUCCUUCUAAUGUUAUGUUUCUCUUUCAAUAAAUCUUCUCAUAUUUUCGUCAUCUAUUAUUGUUUGUAGUCAUUCAUCGCAGUUUCAGCUGCAAAACUGGUACUCUACCUAUAGUAAGAAUGUUGGUUCAAUUUGGA